AUGUCCUCCUCGAAACCAACCCUCUCCUCCCCUCCUCCCCCCGUCCCAGACACAGACAUCUCCUUCCCCCGCCCCCACAUCCUCCUCGUCACCCUCAACCGGCCGCGCCACCUCAACUCCAUCCCCUCGCCGCAGCACUACGCCCUCUCCAAGCUCUACGAGUGGUUCGACGCCGAGCCCACCCUCCGCUGCGCCGUCCUCACCGGCACCGGCCGCGCCUUCUGCGCCGGCGCCGACCUGAAGGAGUGGAACGUCCGCAACACCGCCCCGUCCUCCGUGACCGCGACCGCGACCGCCUCCCCCGCCCCGGUCGUCACCACCUCCUCGCACCCGGACGCCAAGCCCGGCGAGAAGUGGCCCUCCACCGCCGGCUUCGGCGGCCUCUCCAACCGCGGCGGCAAGAAGCCCGUCGUCGCCGCCGUCAACGGCCUCUGCUACGGCGGCGGCAUGGAGAUGAUCAUCAACGCGGACCUCGUCUACGCCUCGACCGCCGCGAGGUUCGGGCUGCCCGAGGUCACGAUCGGCGUCGUCGCCAUCGCGGGCGCGCUGCCGCGCCUCAUCAAGGCCGUCGGCAGACAGCGCGCGACCGAGAUGGCGCUGAUCGGGAGGACGGAUUACACCCCGGAGCAGAUGCUCGCGUGGGGGCUCGUCAACCAGGUCGUGGAGCCCGGGAGGCUUCUCGAGACGGCGCUGGCGGCCGCGGAGGCCAUUGCGAAUAACUCGCCCGACGCGGUGAUUGUGUCGAGGGAGGGGCUGAAGAGCGGGUGGGAGGCGCUGGGGCCGGAGGAGGCUACGGGGUUGGUCGAUCGGACGAUCUACCGCAAGAUGGAGGCCGGGGAGAACAUGACGGAGGGUGUCAAGAGCUUUGUGGAGAAGAGGAAGCCUGUUUGGGUCGAUAGCAAGUUGUAG